CAACUUUCUAAAGGGAAAUCAAUUUCUAAAGGAGGAGGUUCUAGUCUAGGGCUGUAGGGGCCUCUGGGCAAAGGAAGUGCUGGUUGAAAAACACGACUGUGAUCACUUUGUGGCGAGGGGUCGGCUCGGGAACAGUUUGGGGAGGGGACAGAAGAGAGAGGCGUGGGAUGGACGGGGGCAGAAGUGGGAGGUACCCGAGGAGUUACUGGAAACUGCACUUCUGUGGAGGAACCGGGGGGAUGGGAAGCAGGGGGAGGGGGUCCUGUUGCCUCAGCGCCCCGAGGUCGUGGAGCGGCAGCAGCUGUGGCCGGAGCAGCAGCAGCGGCGGCAACAGCAACAGCGAGCGAGACGGAGUUAGGACCGCUCGGAGCGCCCAGGUCUCGAGGUAGUGUAAGGUUUGCUAUCCUUCCACUUGCUGGCAGUUGCAGAAGAUCUGCUUUUUAAGUGAAACGUACGUGCCACCCCUCCGAGGGCUGCGGCUUCCCGGGCUCGCGUCUUCGCCGCUCCCCGUUCCGGCCCUCGCGCUCACUCUGUAAUUGGCACUGGCCCCUAAGUUUGCCGGGCGCUGGCUGCCCUCUCGGAGCCGGGUCCCGGCCGGGUGCCGCGGGCGGGGGCGGGGAGCCCGGGAGCCGCAAUCCCGAAGCGUCGUGGGCCAUGUAUAUUUCAUCAAACGGACUUUGGGUGCGUCGCGUCUCGCAGCCAUCAGCGCUAUGUGCAGUGACAUUUCUGACUUGAGUGGAGGAAUGCGCGAAGGAAGCCCGGGAGAAAUUGGUACUAGAGGAUCUUCUUGGCGCCAAUGCUAAUUGUCCUGAUUUAUGCCCCUUCUGACUAAGCUCAACGUUUUCAUCUGAAAUAAAAUGAAAGCGGUGCCGAGCGGCAUAGAACCGCCUGGCCGCUGGUUCUGAUCCCCAGGAACCAGAACAUCGUCCUGCGGCUUGAAAAAAACAAAAAAGAAAAAAGAGAGAGAGAGAGAGAGAAAGAAAUAGAAAUAGAAAAAAGAAAAAAUAUCCCUCAGUAAAAGUUUAAGGCGAGAAGUGUCAGAGGCAGCGGCGCGAGGAGGCGCGGAGGAGAGCCGGCGAGCGGGGAACUGGGCUGGCACGACCUCCGAAGGCUGCGAUCUCAUUAUUAAUAUCACUAUAUUUUUGGAGGGAGAGGCACCUUUCUCAUCCUCUCUUCCUCUCCGCCCACCCUUACUCCCUCCCCCUCAUCUACCUGUCAAAGUCACUGAUCUUUUUGCAUUUCGGAAGAGGACGUCAACGGGAAGGAAUUCCCCCUCUGGGUGCCGGCUCCGAGAGGGGGCGACGUGCAGGAGGCUCCCCCCGGGGCCCAGGCGAAGGGUGUUGGUGCCGGAAGAAAAGAAUGAUUGAUGGGAAACAGACAUCGGGCUAUAGACACUCAUCCUUUUGCUUCAGAUACUGAUAUCUCAGCCUGCCUGAGCAUCCCUUGUGAGCUGUGAACAUUGAGGACCACUCAGGGUUAUUGGAUGUACAACAGGAGAGCCAUCAGUUUGCUAAAUUAUUAUCUGCAAUUGGACAUCAUUUACCAAAACCAAACUAGACCUGAAUCUAAUAGAUAUGUUCUAGGACAAAGAAAGCUGCAAGUUGUUAACGCCUAACACGCAAGUAUGUUAGGCUUCCACCAAAGUCCUCAAUAUACCUGAAUACGCACAAUAUCUUAACUCUUCAUAUUUGGUUUUGGAAUCUGCUUUGAGGUCCCAUCCUCGUGUUUUUUUCUGUUGUUUUUGUUUUUGUUUUAAAUAUACAGACCUACCUACCCAGAUACAGAUAUACAUAUAUGUAUAUAUAUGUAAAAUAGACAAAGAUUGCAGAUCAUAAAGCAAGCUCUGCUUUGGUUUCCAAGAAGAUUACAAAGAAUUUAGAGAUGUAUUUGUCAAGAUUCCUGUCGAUUCAUGCCCUUUGGGUUACAGUGUCCUCAGUGAUGCAGCCCUACCCUUUGGUAUGGGGACAUUAUGAUGUGUGUAAGACUCAGAUUUACACAGAAGAAGGGAAAGUUUGGGAUUACAUGGCCUGCCAGCCGGAAUCCACAGACAUGACAAAAUAUCUGAAAGUGAAACUCGAUCCUCCGGAUAUUACCUGUGGAGACCCUCCUGAGACAUUCUGUGCAAUGGGCAAUCCCUACAUGUGCAAUAAUGAGUGCGAUGCGAGUACCCCUGAGCUGGCACACCCCCCUGAGCUGAUGUUUGAUUUUGAAGGAAGACAUCCCUCCACAUUUUGGCAGUCUGCCACUUGGAAGGAGUAUCCCAAGCCUCUCCAGGUUAACAUCACUCUGUCUUGGAGCAAAACCAUUGAGCUAACAGACAACAUAGUUAUUACCUUUGAAUCGGGGCGUCCAGACCAAAUGAUCCUGGAGAAGUCUCUCGAUUAUGGACGAACAUGGCAGCCCUAUCAGUAUUAUGCCACAGACUGCUUAGAUGCUUUUCACAUGGAUCCUAAAUCCGUGAAGGAUUUAUCACAGCAUACGGUCUUAGAAAUCAUUUGCACAGAAGAGUACUCAACAGGGUAUACAACAAAUAGCAAAAUAAUCCACUUUGAAAUCAAAGACAGGUUUGCGUUUUUUGCUGGACCUCGCCUACGCAAUAUGGCUUCCCUCUACGGACAGCUGGAUACAACCAAGAAACUCAGAGAUUUCUUUACAGUCACAGACCUGAGGAUAAGGCUGCUAAGACCAGCCGUUGGGGAAAUAUUUGUAGAUGAGCUACACUUGGCACGCUACUUUUACGCGAUCUCAGACAUAAAGGUGCGAGGAAGGUGCAAGUGUAAUCUUCAUGCCACUGUGUGUGUGUAUGACAACAGCAAACUGACAUGUGAAUGUGAGCACAACACUACGGGCCCAGACUGUGGGAAAUGCAAGAAGAAUUAUCAGGGCCGACCUUGGAGUCCAGGCUCCUAUCUCCCCAUCCCCAAAGGCACUGCAAAUACCUGUAUCCCCAGUAUUUCCAGUAUUGGUACUCCUCCAAAGUUUAAUAGGAUAUGGCCGAAUAUUUCUUCCCUUGAGGUUCCUAACCCAAAACAAGUUGCUCCCAAAUUAGCUUUGUCAACAGUUUCUUCUGUUCAAGUUGCAAACCACAAGAGAGAUUGUGAAUGCUUCGGCCACUCCAAUCGAUGCAGUUAUAUCGAUCUGCUAAAUACAGUCAUUUGCGUGAGCUGUAAACACAACACUAGAGGGCAGCACUGUGAGUUAUGCAGGCUGGGCUACUUCAGAAAUGCUUCUGCACAACUGGACGAUGAGAAUGUGUGCAUAGAGUGUUAUUGUAACCCUUUGGGCUCAAUCCAUGAUCGUUGUAAUGGCUCAGGAUUUUGUGAGUGUAAGACUGGAACAACAGGGCCUAAGUGUGAUGAGUGUCUGCCGGGAAAUUCCUGGCACUACGGCUGUCAACCGAAUGUCUGCGACAACGAGCUCCUGCACUGCCAGAACGGAGGGACGUGCCACAACAACGUGCGCUGCCUGUGCCCGGCCGCAUACACGGGCAUCCUCUGCGAGAAGCUGCGCUGCGAGGAGGCUGGCAGCUGCGGCUCCGGCUCCGGUCAGGGCGCACCCCCGCACGGCUCCCGCGCGCUGCUGCUGCUGACCACGCUGCUGGGGACGGCCAGCCCCCUGGUGUUCUAGGUGGCGCCACCGGCCACACCGGACGGGCCUGUGCCGUGGGGAAGCAGACACAACUCAAACAUUUGCUACUAACAUAGGAAACACACACAUACAGACACCCCCACUCAGACAGUGUACAAGCUAAGAAGGCCUAACUGAACUAAGCCAUAUUUAUCACCCCUGGACAGCACAUCCGAGUCAAGACUGUUAAUUUCUGACUCCAGAGGAGUUGGCAGCUGUUGAUAUUAUCACUGCAAAUCACAUUGCCAGCUGCAGAGCAUAUUGUGGAUUGGAAAGGCUGCGACAGCCCCACAAACAGGAAAGACAAAAACAAAAAACAAAUCAACCGACCUAAAAACAUUGGCUACUCUAGCGUGGUGCGCCCUAGUACGACUCCGCCCAGUGUGUGGACCAACCAAAUAGCAUUCUUUGCUGUCAGGUGCAUUGCGGGCAUAAGGAAGUCAGUUACAAGCUGCCAUAUUGGCCUGCUUCCGUCCCUGAAUCCCUUCCAACCUGUGCUUUAGUGAACGUUGCUCUGUAACCCUUGUUGGUUGAAAGAUUUCUUUGUCCGAUGUUAGUGAUGCACAUGUGUAACAGCCCCCUCCGAAAGCGCAAGCCAGUCAUACCCCUGUAUAUCUUAGCAGCACUGAAUCCAGUGCGAGCACACACCCACUAUACAAGAGUGGCUAUAGGAAAAAAGAAAGUGUAUCUAUCCUUUUGUAUUGAAAUGAAGUUAUUUUUCUUGAAAUACUGUAAUAUGUAGAUUUUUUGUAUUAUUGCCAAUUUGUGUUACCAGACAAUCUGUUAAUGUAUCUAAUUCGAAUCAGCAGAGACUGACAUUUUAUUUUGUCCUCUUUCGUUCUGUUUUGUUUCAUUGUGCAGAGAUUUCUCUGUAAGGGCAACGAACGUGCUGGCAUCAAAGAAUAUCAGUUUACAUAUAUAACAAGUGUAAUAAGAUUCCACCAAAGGACAUUCUAAAUGUUUUCUUGUUGCUUUAACACUGGAAGAUUUAAAGAAUAAAAAUUCCUGCAUAAACGA